UAAUUCCAUUUUUGUUUUUAGCUUUUCCCGUAGUUCUAAUAAUAGCGACUGUCAUUUCCCAAAUCCAAAUUAAGUCUUUGUGAUUGUUCAUUAUGCCGUCAUAAUGAACCGAAGUGUAAAAUUGCGUGUGCGUGACCUGCACCCGCAUGUCACGUGUCAUUUGUGCAAUGGAUAUUUCAUAGACGCAACAACGAUCAUUGAAUGUCUACAUUCGUUUUGUCGAACAUGCAUUGUUCGUUACUUGGAGAACCGUCGUUCUUGCCCAGUAUGCAGAGUACAAGUCCACAAAACUCGACCCUUAUUAAACAUAAGAAGCGACCAGACUUUACAAGAUAUUGUCUACAAGCUUGUACCAGGGCUUCGUAGUGAUGAGAUGAAACGACGCAGGCGGUUUUGGGGUGAAAACCCAGAGUCUAAAAAAGAUUUCGCAAUUUGGCGCGAACUUUCACCCGAAGAACUGGGAGACGCUGACCAAUUCGACGUCGCCACGUUUUCGUCAAAAGUCACGUUGGUAUUGGAGAAUCUGAAAAGGCGAAACAAGAAAGCAGACGAUCUACGACAGUGGAGCGAGAUCGCAUCCAGUUUAAGCAAAAGAUAUUUAAGAACAUCCCAAGACCUAACUGUCAAUCACCUGCAUAAGUUCCUAAGAGCAAAACUGAACGAACCUAUUUCCACUGAGAUCGUGAUGCUAUGUGGUGAAAACGUUCUGCCGCCGACUUACACGUUAGCCGAUGUAAGAGACACUUUUUCACCAGUGGACCACCUUCUACACCUGACAUACUGUAUUUUCGUGCCACGAUCUUUAAAAAGAAAACCCCCUCCGCAGCGUGUGACGGAAAAAGUCGACGUCGAGGCAAAAAGUCGAAAAACUGUCGCUAAGAAAUCGUCGUUCAGGAAAAAAUCGGCAACGCCGCAUCUAAAGGCUUUUUUCAACAGCCAAAUCUCACCACCAACCACCGAAAAACAGCAACGACCGUUCCUGAAACCAAUAUCAGACUAUCGGAAACAGGACGAAAUUGAAAGUCUUCGGGAAGCGGAGGAACAAAAGCUGAUUGAGUGGGCAGCGGCACGAGACACGAGAGCCAAGCUGCCAUUAUUUGAAAAACUCCAGCUAACAACUGUACAGCGGGCCGCUGCGAUAAAGCGAGCUGCUUUGUACAAGCUAGCAAACCAAAAGAAGGCGAAAGAAAAACAGGAAUACAUUAACUCAGCAGCCUCGUCCAGCGUUCAAAAACUUCCACAGAAAAAACUAGACUCUCAAAACGAGCAAACGAAACUGAAAUCAACUAAGAACGAGUACAAAGUGACAUCGCAAGUACCAAAAGGAACAAAUUCCCCGAGACGUAAUAUCAAACAAGGAAGUAAUGAACAGUUUCCUUCCACGGGCCGGUGGCUGAACAAACAGAACAAUAAUCGGACACGACCUACAAGAGUCAAAUGUUACUCCGUACUAAACAUUCCCGUCGACGAAGCUGUAAGAAGUAAACCCCCUACCCCUGUUGUUGACCCACUAUGUCCGCCCGUUGUGUUAAAGCGCAGUUCGGCCGAUCCCGACAACGAAGCACCGCCGACCAAGAUGAAGCCCUUUGUACAACGUACAGCGAACAACGAAGUCCCAAUGUUGAAUUUAAGCGAGCAUGGGAAUAAUAAAGUCGCGCCCAAGCAACAGCAGUUCCAGCGUAAUCGUAGAAAACCAAUACACCCUACACACCACGCUAGCGCGGGACGUACUGAUUCACCCGGCACCGUUUUGCUACAAAAAAUCGACACCAGCAAGACCCAGUUUUCAACUACCCCGACACGUCCUAUAUCUCGUGAGCCGGACCGCCAGCAGCCAGGCUUCGAUACCAUACGCAUACAGUCACCAAACAAUGGGAAAUUUAUUCUCCUUUCAACAGAGGGCAUGGAGAGGGGUCACAGCCAGUCUCAUCCAGCCGGUCUUUCGAUGAAGUUACAUUCCCAGAUGCAGCAAAAUAGGUCGUCAAAUGAUCCACGUAAGUUGGAUAACCAAGGCACAAUGUUAAACACAGCAAACCAAGACAGCCAGAACAAAAGUCAACUCCAAACCCGAAUAAACUCUCAAGCGCAUAGAGCGGCCCUAGACGCGGUCAGAAACACGAUGGGGAAAGUUCUAUUACAAGCAGAACGACCGAGGCAAAUGCCACUAAAAAGGCCUAUCCUUCCUAAAGGCGUAUCCAAACCUAUACACACAGGCGUGGGUUCCAUACCGAUUCGCUUGCCUACAAAUCAAACUCGUAACAUCUUUCAAAACGAGCAGGUUAUCUACCCAAUGAACAAAACUGUCGCCUCAUCGGCGGCAAGUACCAGUCAAAGUAAAGCUCCAAUUAGAACGCAACCAAAACCGUCCCCGAAAUCUUUAAGCAACAACGAGUUGGAGCAACUGAAGAAGCUUCGGGAACAGCAGGACUUUUUAAACAAGCUUACCGAGGCCGCAGCCAUCAACCAAUUAGCGAACCGCAAAAAGUCAUCGACUGACAACUCCCCCCAGACGAGCAACCAAUCCCCUUCAACGUUCCGAAUAAAGCAACACUUGUCCAGUCAGGACAACAACAGAGGGCGGCCCCCCGUUUUGCAAGCAGAUGCACGCGUUAUACCGAGUCCUCGUUUCAGCCAACCAAGUCCGGCUCCUCGGUUCCAAAAACCCAUCACUCAAAAGCCGUUCGAAAGAAUCAAUUCCACGUCAACUAGAGGACGAUUUCAGAAUAGCGCACCAGUUUCAAGUCCAUCUUUAAACCGAAACUCCUUUCCGAUGCGCCCAACACCCCAACCAAAUAGUAAUUCCCAUGUAAAUAAACAGGCACAGUUCACUCGCCUUGCCAGCGGCGUCCAAAUAAACUCCAGACCACAGCAGCCAUCAGCUAAAACUUUACUUCUCCAAUCCCGAGCACAAGAUCGACCGGUCGGAAUAACACCAGCAGAAAUGCAGCAAAGACGACAGCAAUACAAAACCAACCCUUCAACAAGUAUAGCAAAUAAUGGCCGCUACAAUCAACAAUUCGGCUCAAGACCUCCGCGUUUUCAACAACAACAACAGCAACACCCCCUCCCAGUUCCGCGCCAGUUUAUGCUCCCAAAAUCAAACACAAAUCCCCGCCAACAAACUUUCCAGCUUCGUUCGAGCCCAAACGCUUCAAUGAAUCGUCACCCCAUCGCAACAAACCAAAGAACGCGACAGGUACCCAGUAUAAUACGACGUUCGUUCGAAAAAAUGAAUCCGCGUCCAAAAUCAGUUACACCAACAAACCGCGGCCAAAUACAAGCGCGUAGCAACUUACACUCGCGCCAAGCUCACGUUAGAGUACGCUCAACUUCACAUGAAGUUCUUGCGCCAACUGCAACACCGCCUGCAGGUACAAAAAGCCCGUGGUCUUCCCGCGGCUACCCUCUCCCCGCUGUCCCGACCGCGCACCCCUCUGAGUACGCCACCCAGCAUGAAAUCCACAAGCCCCCACUAGCCCACCAGCAACCAAGUAGCAAUAACUUCGCCCGGGCUUCAACGUCAAUCAAAACAAACGCUCUACCACUAUCUGAUAUGCAACCACUUGAACUUACAGCGAAAAAAAACACGAAUUCUACCAAGCAAACGAUCGACGACGGUGCUGGCCAAUCUAACAGCGACCAACCGUUAUGUUUAGUGAUGAAGAAAUAACUCAAACCAUAUCAUUAUUUUUUAAAUAAUAAAAAGUGUUUUCAUACUAGCCAUUAUUACAAAUUAUUAAAUUCGUUCAUAUAGUAGGCUGGGGUAAGAUGGUUUAUGUUUCCAUGCGCUUUCCUGUCUAACUAGGUAGUAAACCAAAAUAAUUACAGAAUUAUAUAACCUGAGCCCCGUGACUCAAAAAGAGCAUUGUUAAUUGUUAAAAUUACGGAUAGGAAGUAUUGAAUAUUAUGCGCCAACGAUAUUCAUCUUAAACAAGCACCCAUGUCCAACUACAAAAACUCUGACUUGUCAGUCAAAAAUAUUCUACCUAAACUUAAUGUAUGACCGUUGUGCUCCAAUACGGUGCUGCUUUAGUGCUUUGUAAAAUUGUCAACAAAAUAUGUUGGGAUUUUCGCGGAUUAUCGAUUGUCCCAUUUGUUUGUUUUAGAAGCGCCCAUAAAACUAUUACUUCAGUUUUUGCAAUACAACAGCACAGAAAAGGUGCUCACCUAAAAUAUAUUUAUUCAUAGUCUGUUUGAACAACUAAACUUUCAUGGUUUGUGUACACAGAUAAAGGUAUUUACUGCCACAUAGAUAUAAAAACGACGACGAAUUUUCCGUUAGUGGCAUUUUAAAUAGUUUGAAACACAUCAAUGGUGCUUAUACUGUUUUUCUCAUUACAUUUUAUGUGUUUUUAUGCAUUAGACUACAAAGAUACUUGGUAUACAGUAAGAAUAUUAGGAUUGGUACACGAUUUAUACCGCAGGCGUACUUAGCUUUAUUUAAAUAUUAAAUAUUUGUCGUAGAAACGUAUGGGAAAAUAUGGCUUGCGUAAAAUAUAAGCUCUUCAGUUUCACAAUCA